AUGAAAUUGUCACUCCCAGUUCUGUUAUUUAACCUUUUCUAUUUUACCGUCUACUGUCUACUUCAUCUCUAUCCGCAAGUCUUGACUGUCGCCGUCAUAUUGUCUCCUUUAUCAGACCGCAUUCAGUCCCACGCGCAUGUGGCCGUGGCCGCCGCGGUUGGCGCGAUAGUAGUAGGGGAUGAAGACGAGUGUCCGUUCCGUCUUAGCCGCCGCUUUGGCCCCCGCGCCUUCGGCAUCUCUCGCCACCUCCAUGCCCGGAAGACCGCCGGGCACUUUGUCGGCCCACUUGGCCCGUUCGUCCGCCAAGACGUAGCCAGUGGUGCGCAGGGCAAUGUAGCGUUCGCCCGUGGCCGCGUCGACGCGCUCUUCUUCCUCGACGUUGUUGUCGGCGGAGACGGCCACGUCUUUGAAGUGGUUCGUCUCCCAGGGGUUGUCGGCGUCCUCGACGCAGUAGACGAGGGGCCCGCGUGCGAGCGUCAGGGUGCGCUGGUGUGUGUAGGGGUGCUGCGCGAGGAAGCGCGGGCGGAAGCCGUGGAUGUCGAGGGCGAAGGCGGUGUUGGUCGCGAGGUAGGCGGGCGGCAGGACCACGUAGCCUCUUUCGACCACUGCGCCAGGGAGGUCGGGGGUGAGCUGCGGAGGUUAGCGGGUUAUCUUUGGUCCAUCAAAGGGGAUAGGGGGACACGAACGCACCAUAAACUGUCCCUUGGCCCACGCGGGGAUGCGAAGCCGCAGCGUCGUCUUUGUUUUCGCCGGGUUGUCGAGGCGAAAGUCGACCUUGCCGCUCCACGGCCAGUCGGACGUCUGCUCCAGGACAAGGGGCUGGCCGUCGACGGCAUAGGACAGCCGGGCGGUCGUGUAGAGGUGGACGUUGACAUGUGCGGCGCCGGCGCCGUCCGACCCAAAAUCCCACAGAUAGCCGCCCAGGCUGCCGUACAGGCGACUCACAUUCGGCGGGCAGCAGGCGCACUCGAACCACUCUUCGCGGCGGCUCGGCUUCUCGGCGGAGCUGGCCAGCUGGUUGUCGUAUGUAAAGGCGCGGCCCGGCAGGUCCAUGGCCGUCAUGACGACGUUGUAGAGCGACAGCUCGAGCACGUCGGCGUAGCGGCUGUCGAGGUCCAGGUGCAGCAGCCGCUCGGCCAGCAUGAUGGCGCCGAUCGACGCACAGGUCUCGGCAUAGCCGCCGCCGUCGUCCGUGCCCUGCGGCAGAAAGUAGUCCCGCCCGAAGCCCUCCCACGCGGGGAUGGCGCCGAUGCCGCCCGUCAGGUACAUCUUUUUGUCGGCCAUGUUGUUCCAGAGGCGGGUGACGGUCUCAAACCAGCCGUCGACGUUGGCCAGUGUGGUGGCGGUCGUCGUGGGACGCGCCGUUGCGUCGUGGUCAUGCUUGGACCGGGCGACGUAGUCGACCAGCAGGUCGGCCACGGCCGUCAAGAGGUAGACGGCGCGCACGGAGUGGCCCUCGAUGGUCGCCUGCUGCAGGAGCGGCGCGUGCGCCUGGUUGUACCAGUAGGCGCGCUGGACCGGGUACGGGUCGGGCCGCAUCCAGGGGCUCUCGCCGCGCGCGUCGCCCUCGACGUCGUAGUAGUGGCGGCCGUCCUGGCCGGUCGGGUUGCCGCGCUCCUGGACAAAAUACGCGGCCAGGUCGUACGCCUCCUGGCUGCCCGUGGCCCGGUGCAUGCGCACGAGGGCCAGCUCAAUCUCCGGGUGGCCGCAGUAGCCGUGGCGCUUGUGCGCGUCCGGGCCAAAGGUGUCGUGGAUGUGCCGCACGUACUUGUGCAUGGGCUCCAUCAGCCGGUCGUUUUUGUAGUAGGCGCGGUGCGCCAGCGCGGCCUCGAUCAGAUGGCCGGCGUUGUACAGCUCGUGCAUGUCUCGCAGAUUGGUCCAGCGCUGGCCCGGCGCGACCACGGUGUAGUGGAUGUUGAGGUAGCCGUCCGGCUGCUGCGCGCCGCGGAUCAUCUCGACCAGCGCCUGGACGGCGGCGUCGAUCUCGGCGUCGUACGUGUCGGCCAGGGCGUAGCAGGCCGCCUCGAUCCACUUGGCGCAGUCGCUGUCCCAGAACAGGUGCUUGGGCACCGGCCACUGCGACGUGUCGUCGUAGAUGGGGUGCCACUGCAGCUUGAAGGCAUCGAAGCGGCCGGUGCUCUUGAGCAUCGCCAGCUGCGCCUGCAGGGUCACGGUGCGGACGGUGGUGCGGCGCGUCUGGAGCAGCGACGGGCCGUGGAACUCGGUGUUCCCAAAGGACGUUUGGGGGUAGGCCAUGGUCGAAGAUGGCAGCAAAAGGGCGGCGUUUAUUUGGUGAGACAAAAUGACCAAAAUGACCGAAUUAGGGAACCCGGAUCUUAA